AUGAGAGUCAAGUCCCUUCCAGUCCACAACUACCGCCGGGUCGCCAAAGACAAGCAUUCCAUCGGGAAAGGCUCGUCCAAUGACGCAUUUCAAGCCAAUUCGAAGCCAAAAGCGAAGCAACUCUUUCUCCUGCCACCAAAGAAGCGACUGCUCAUGCCGGUCCAGAAGGCCUCUCGAAAAUCCGCCAAUCCAGAACGAAUCCUGAUCGACACUGGCUACGAGGGUGAUGUAGAGUCCGACACCGACGACCAAGAGAGUGGAUUCUGGCGCGACUACCUGUACGUCAUCGCUCAGCUCCAUGUCCACUUCAACGCGACCAAACAGCGAUGA